GGCAGGACAGGAAGUAGGUGGCGCAGUUAGCGACGUAAACACUAAUAGGAAGUCGAUUUCGCAAGUUAGAAGUCUUGCAAAAUAUAUGACAUUAUGGCACAACAUUAGAAAAGAAAUUCUCUUGAAAAAAGAAUAAAAUGGAUAAGAAGAAGGACCCAGAUGAGGAGGAUAGCAAAACCGAGAAAGAUGAAACUAAGGAGGGUGAAACUGAAAGAGAGGCUUUGACCUCUAACCUUGAUAAUGGCCGGGCUGGAAAACAGAUUGAGGAAGCUGACAAUGACUUGACCAAGACGGAAGAGAAUGCAUUGAACAAGAUGCGCCGUCAGCGGUCGCAGUAUUCCAAUGCUGGAGAUGAGCUAGACGAAGAAGCAACUCACAUGGGACACAAUAAAACAGUCAUUGGCUUUGCAUCGUUGUGGCCUUCAGACCACUGGCAACACAGGGCUGCAGCACCUGCCAGCUCACGGCACACUGACAUCCGGUCUCGUCAGUAUCGGAAGGAGCUGCCGUCAAGUGCUGACAAGUGGGAGCCGCUGGCACUGGAUGCUUCAGACCCCGACAUGGACGGCAUGGCGACCACCACCUUCAUCAAUGGGCCGGAGCCACAGCCACUAGACACUAAUCCCAGGCCGGUCAUGGGGACCACCAUCUCCUUCAGCGAGCCGAACCCACCGCGACUGGACACCAAACCCAGGCCGCCUCCAUAUGCAUCCAUAGAAGAUAAUCCAAACUACCAUGCACCCGCUGAGCUGGGUGACAUUGAGCUGCAUGACAUGGAGCGGACCGGGCCCCCACCAGAGGACGAAGUGGAGGCGUAUGAGUGUACAAGACUCUGCUGGUUGAACUGUGUGGGCACAGUGGUCGUCCGCUUCUACCAACAGCUGUGCACUGCCCACUCCACCUUCUCCCGUACCAAGAGGAUUCUGGGAAUUAUUGCUCUUGUCAUCAUUGCAUGUCUUGUCGUAUUUUGUGGCAUUUUCUCCUCAAGCUUUGAAUACAUUAAUUAUUACCACGUCGCGUUGCGCCAGAGUCGUUUGACGGGGUCUGUUGACCGGAACAGGGUGCUGUACCCAGGCUGCUAUGUCCUCGGCCCCGACGUUGAUCUCAUCUACUUCAGCAGCACAGCUCACACUAUCUCCGCCAAAGUGUCGGUGUUCACCAAGGACAAGAUGAUCAUCGAUGUGGACCUCUCACUUCAAUACUUCCUGAGACCCAACGAAGUGGGCAAGGUCCAUGCCAUGUUCGGCAAAGAUUACCACUCGGUGUUCGAGAGCCUAGUGUUCAACACUAUCAAGAAUGAGGGCACGAAACACCCCUUGGCCAUGUACCGCAAGAGCAGGCCCGAGAUGGAGAGGGACUUCCACCACAAGGUUCGAGAGAGACUCGGCGGCACCUGCUGUCCCAGUUGUUGUCCCAACGAGUGCAGUAACAAGACAGUGUGUGCGGUGUGUGAGCCGGCGGGGACGUGCGAUGCCGGGUAUCAUGCGGACGUGGAAUACUUCCAGAUGGGAAAGAUCAGCAUCCCCAAUGAGGUUUUCGAGCGGUUGAUGAGGCAGACCAUUCUUCAGAUUGAGAGUGAGCGAGAGGUGUUCUACCAGCAGCAUUCACUGGAGGUGAAGGAGACCUUGAGGCUCACCGAGCAGAUCUCCAACCAAGCGGCAGAGACCCGAGCCAAUGCGACGGCAUAUGGGAAGACGCUGGGCUUGAUUGCUGUGUCGGAUAAAGAGAAGGUCAUACAGACUUCGUACAUCAAGGCGCUGAAGGGCCUGUACGGCAGACUCAAUGUGGUCCAGGAGGACCACAAGCUGUUGCUCAUGAUGAUGCUUGCCUAUGAAGAUAUCAAGGACAAUCUGUAUACUUCUAUCAACGCAUCUUCCUUAUUUCUCAAUACGUGAGUGAGAGUUGGCGCCUAUGAAGAUAUCAAGGACAAUCUGUAUACUUCUAUCAACGCAUCUUCCUUAUUUCUCAAUACGUGAGUGAGAGUUGGCGCCUAUGAAGAUAUCAAGGACAAUCUGUAUACUUCUAUCAACGCAUCUUCCUUAUUUCUCAAUACGUGAGUGAGAGUUGGCGCCUAUGAAGAUAUCAAGGACAAUCUGUAUACUUCUAUCAACGCAUCUUCCUUUUUUCUCAAUACCUGAGUGAGAGUUGGCACCUAUGAAGAUAUCAAGGACAAUCUGUAUACUUCUAUCAACGCAUCUUCCUUUUUUCUCAAUACCUGAGUGAGAGUUGGCGCCUAUGAAGAUAUCAAGGACAAUCUGUAUACUUCUCUCAAUGCAUCCUCUUUAUAAUCAAUGUGAUAUUGGAUCUAAAGAAUGGAUUCCUUUGUUAGCUCCACUGUUUGUACAUGUAAUGAGAUUAUAUUCCUGAGACAUAAUGGUUACAGUUACUGCUCCACAUCCUGCGACUGGACCAAGGGACACAAGUCUGUCUGAACACAAUUGUCCUAUUUCCCCAGUAUGUCAUCAGUUCACCAUGGAUUCUUGGUAUGUCCAUACCAUGCUAGUGUAUUUCAUCAGUUCACCAUGGAUUCUUGGUUUGUCCAUACCAUGCUAGUGUUUUUCAUCAGUUCACCAUGGAUUCUUGGUUUGUCCAUACCAUGCCAGUGUAUGUCAUCAGUUCACCAUGGAGUCUUGGUUUGUCCAUACCAUGCCAGUGUAUUUCAUCAGUUCACCAUGGAGUCUUGGUUUGUCCAUACCAUGCUAGUCUAUUUCAUCAGUUCACCAUGGAGUCUUGGUUUGUCCAUACCAUGCUAGUGUAUGUCAUCAGUUCACCAUGGAGUCUUGGUUUGUCCAUACCAUGCUAGUGUAUUUCAUCAGUUCACCAUGGAGUGAGUCUUGGUUUGUCCGUACCAAGCUAGUCUAUUUCAUCAGAGCAGUAAACAUCCCAAACCUGCAUCACUUUGGACAACACAGUCGUAUAUAGAAAAGGGCCAAAAUUCCAAGCUCUCUAUUCUCACAAAACUUAAUAUCUUUUUAUAUUUCUAUGUAUUUUCUGCAUGAAAUGUAAUGACAUACAUCCUUUGAAUAUUGUAGUGACCGCAACAUUUUGUAACCUUUAAUUGUUUAAGUAUUAUUUGAUAUAAAAGAAAGUACUAUCUAUGAAUAUUAGCUUCUCUGGUGAUGCAGAGGUCAAAUUGUCUGUUUCAGUCAGAGGGGGGAUUAUUGUGAUUUGACAACCUCUGACCAAUCAGAAUUGAGUAAUUUCCAGUUUCAUAAGAGGGUGCUGGAAUAUUGCUGAAUGUGACUUUAAACAACAAACAAAUAAUAGAAGAUGUAUCAACUGUAUUUUUUAUGACCAUCUUGGACAAAACUGAAGUAUUGCCAAGUACUUGUAGUCUCUUACUUUUGGAAUACUCCAAGAUGCUGUCACAAAUGUUCAGUCAUGAAAAAUAUGAAUAGGAUAAAAUAUUUUCGUAAUUUAAUUUCCACACGUGAAAGUAAAAUGCUGGACACUUUGGGUGUUCUGAGAACUAUACAACACUGACAAACAACUUGCCAGUCUGCCCACAGAGGUGGUAUGAGCACCUUGAUCAUACCUCCAUGUCAGAAUGAUGAGAUCUGAUUGGUCCACGUGAUCUUGAUAAAAUACUGGGUUACCCGCCUUGGAGGGGAAUAAAUUUCUCAACAGGGAAAUAAAUCUCUUAUACCCCACCAUAAGCAAUACAGGCUGCAUGUGGAUUUCUACGAGGCAGAAUAAAUCCCUUAUACCCCGCUUCAAAGUAAAAAGACGCAUGCUCUUUCCGAGUCAAUGGAAGUCACAUGACAAAGUGCCAGCGUAUUUCAGCUCAAUCGAACAAUUUUCUAUCAAUUUUACAUUUGUUUGAAUUAUUUUAAAUGUAAUAUUAAAACAUGUCGGUAAGAUAAAUUUGUUGAAGCAGGAUUGCCCAGGGUACAUGGGGUUUUAUGCAUCCCUCCAACUUGUGGUUUCAAACGCACGGGAUGCAUAAAACCCCAUGUACCCUGAGUGAUCCAGCUACAACUGAUAAACCAACCUGUGUUAUCUGGAGUUGAGGUUGGCUUUGAAUGCAUGAUUAACACAAUUUUCAUAUUUUGUUGUAUUCAUAUUCUGUUUUAGGAGAAUGUAAAUAAAGUACAUUUGGUUCUAUGUU